AUGGCGGAGAAUUUCACAACCAUAAUCUUAAUCAGUUCUUCCAAGAUCAUGGCAUCAUCCAUCAAUGCUCAUAAAGACAAAAAGAAGGCUGGGUUUCCAUUUCUGCCUGGACAGAAGCUUCUGAUCCGGGCUGGACUAGAUAUGCCUGUGCUGGAUUGGACUGUUCCCAACUUUAACUGCUAA